AUGAAGGCAACAGGUGCCCUAGUGCUUCUCAGCCUGCUGCUGCUCUCUUUCUUCUCGGAUGUAGCAGGUCAAGACAUUGAAGAGAUUUGUAGAGAGUUCGUAAACAGAAGCGUGUACUGCACGAGGGAGUCCAACCCUCACUGCGGCACCGAUGGCAUCACAUACGGGAACAAAUGUGCCUUCUGCAAGGCAGUGCUGAGAAGUGGAGGGAAAAUAAGAUUGAAGCACCUGGGGAAAUGCUGA